UGUUAAACUGAAAAAUAGAACGAUGUCCUCAGAAAAAUCCAGUUCUCAGUCAAGUCAAGGAAAAAAUGAGGCGUGUCUCCUGGACCUACCCUCGCAGAACAAAACAAAUUUUGCCCUCUACGACAGAGCCAAACCUUUGAACAAACGUCCAAUCCAGUAUAUCUCCGUUAACAAAGAGUCAGACCCACAACCUCAAGUUAUUGUCUCGGAUAAAAGAAACCUCUUGGUCAAAUACUACAGCAAACGGUGGCAUUAUGUAAAGGUUAUUAUUGAUCCUAAAUUUGGUACACCUGGAGGCAGCUCCGGUAAGAAGCGAGAUGUUAACGAGGUUGAUAACAACGAAGAUAACCCGGGGCCUUCUAACAAACACUUGCGAACAGGUUGAAACCUACAUUAUAUCACAUGACCUGCUUUUCUAGAUCACGUGACUUGUUUUUCACGUGGUUUUGAAGUGAGCAGGUGAUUGGAUUUGAAUAUAGGGUCACCGUGUAACGUCAGAGCUUGAGUUGGGGUCUCAAUUUGUGUUUGGUUUGAGAUGAUCGUUGGAAGUUUGUUAGUUUAAGAAUGACAUAAUAAAUAAUAAAUAUUUAGCUUGAUAUUUUAUAAACGGAGUGUUAAAUGAGGGGUUUAGUUAUUAUGAAGGAUUUGCUUGUUGAACGAGUUUUAUUUACCAAAUAAACCUAAUGAAGUAACUGUAAUUCUAUCAAAUUACUUGAUUUUUAUUAGAAUUUCAGUUUGAACUAGUCUGUCAUAAUCAGGCUGUUCUUAUGAGCUAUUUGGUACUUAUUUAGAUUUUAAAUAACAACUUUAUUCCGAUAAACUUGCUAUUUUGUAUUGUAGUGAAUAGGUAAAGUUUUAUCAUUACAAAAGUUUUCGAAGUUUGA